AUGUUCACAUACGUUAGCAAGUUUUUCACGAACCCGGAUCGUAACCGGGAGGAUAUCGUGGAAAGUUUGAAUCGGGAGAAUAGCUUUUUAGACCGAAAACUAAUGGAGGAGAAGAUGGAUCAACAGCUCAAGGCGAAUCCAAACGAAAUGGAUGGGGUUUUAAGUGACAAGAUCGCUGAGCUUACGCAUGGACUUUCGGAAAUGGACGUCAAUAAAGAAAGUUUCUGCACCGCCAGAAAGGGUGUGAUCACCAGUCUGGAGAGCGAUCGGGGAGUCAUCGACAAAGGCGUUUUCUUCGAUUGCAAGGUGGCAGAGGAUAUCAUCUUGGAUCUACAAGUCGGAUGUGUAGUGGAAUAUUUGACUUUUACAACGGGGGAAGCCAUGCGGGUGGUCAAGGUGAAGCGUAUCAUUGAGCAUUGCUGGGAGGACACAAGCCAACAGGAGAUUGAAAAAGCUGUAGACAACCUGAAGAACGAAAAGCCGAAAUUCUUUAACACCGAAACAAGGCGCGUUUUGGGUCUGAUUAGCCAGCGUCUGGCAUCUUCCAUAGACGUGGAAACGGAUUACGGACAGCUGACCGUCGAGCUGGACAACAUCGAGAUGAACUUCAUCCCAACGAAUGGAGAUCGAGUGCGCCUAGAGUGCAACAUUCAGCUGGAUGACGGUUUCGUGGACAAACAGGGAGAAAUCCUGGAGGUGACAAAGUUGUUUCCCACCCGCAUUCAGGAAGGUGAAAAGUGCAUUGUGCAGCGCGUGUACAUGGACAUAGUUGUGCUCGGUCCGGAAACCUACGUUUUAAAGACGGACUUGCCCACAGGCACGGAACUUCAUCUGGACGACAUUGUGCUCGCCGAUCUCAUCGAGUGCCAGUAUUCCAAAUUUACGAGACGCGCCAUUAGGAUUACUCCGCUGGAGAAAAAUUUUGGAUCUACCAAGCUGACUCAGCAGGGCAAUAUGGGAUUAUCGGUCAGUGGAUUAGCAGUUACGGUGACUGGAGUAAAUCGCUUCAUCACCACAGAGCUCUGGCAAAAGCACAGCGUAUCUAUAAAGCUGACCAACAAUCUAAACCGCACUUUGCGCCUGGAGAGCAUCACCGUCUGCAAUGACAGUGAAUCUCAGUUGAGCGUGACCAGCCCUCUCGAAUCCAAGGAAAUAUCCAGCGGCUCCGAAAUAACAGUGACCUUUGAGAUCCACACGCAGUUCCUGGGGGAAGCAAUCGAAAAGUACGAGCUGAAUUUCGAUCUACUUAAGGUGAGGCGCGUCUUCACGGUGAUAGUGUGCAAAACCAAGGAGGAAGCCGCUGAAGCGGAGAAACGUAUGAUAGCAGCUGAAGCUUUGAUAGCACCCGGUCGUAACAGCCAUGAGAGGUCCCGAUUCUACGCCAACCAAGUUUGGUGCAACAAGUUGGAUGUGAUCCCGGGACAACAUAUAUUUACCAAGCGCAGAUUUGUUGCCCUGCGUUUGGGUUCCUUUGAAGUGCCCAAGCAAUUGCGCCAAAUUUGUUUGACUACUGAACGACGACAAGAAAUGAUCGAAACCAUCGAGCAGCACUAUUCAUUUCUCAGGGAACCCCUAAGCGUUAAAACCUAUAUGCACCGUUUCAGGUUGCUGCUACACCUCGAGGAGAUUGAGUGCUUCGUGAAUUUCCGCAACUACGACAGGGACCGAGCCCACUUUCUGCGUGACGGAGAGUUCCUCGCGCUGCAGAUCGAGAAUCUAGCCGAGCGUCGACCGUCGCUGGUCAUUGGCGAUACAGUGCGAGUCAUUAAUCCCUGGUCGGAUCCCAAUUCCGGGAUCACCAAGUCCUACGAGGGCAUUAUCCAUAAGGUGCUCUUCGAUCGCAUUCUACUCAAAUUCCAAUCCAGUUUCCAGGAGAAAUAUAAUGGCGAGGACUAUCGACUGGAGUUCUAUUUCUCACGCUACAGCUUUCGCAAGCAGCACCAUGCCAUCUCCAAAAUUGUAGGAGUAAUAGGCGAGGAUUUCUUGUUUCCCAGCAAAGUAACCAAGCGCGAGAAUCCCCAGCUGGAUGUUUAUAUGAAGGAUGACGACAUGUACUUGUACGAUUCGAAAUUAGAGUGGUAUAAUCAGUCGCUCAAUUCCAUCCAAAAACGUGCUGUUUUCAAUAUACUGCGCGGUGAAGCGGAGAACAUUCCUUAUGUGCUGUUUGGGCCUCCGGGCAGUGGAAAAACAGUGACACUGGUUGAGACCCUACUCCAGUUGGUUAGGAAUCUGCCUGGUGCCCGAAUCUUGGUGGGCACACCAUCGAACAGCUCAGCGGAUUUGGUGACGAAGAGGCUCAUCGAUAGCAAAGCUUUGCUCCAGGGGGAUUUCAUUCGACUCGUCUCGUUUAAUCAAGUGGAGAGAGACUUGAUUCCUCCGGAACUAAUGAGCUACUGCGCCACAAGUGAUGUCGGUGCUGUGGGCAGUUGCGAGGACAAGAUGGUGGUCACCGAAUCGGGAUUGAAGCUUUGCUGUCAAGCUAAGUUUAUGGGUACUCAUCGCAUUACCAUCUCCACCUGCACUACUUUGGGAAACUUUUUACAAUUGGGGUUUCCAGCGGGACAUUUCACUCACGUGCUGUUCGAUGAGGCUGGUCAAUGCACCGAACCAGAAACAAUGGUACCCAUUGUAAUGCUAACGAAGAAACGCUGUCAAGUUGUUCUGUCAGGUGAUCCUCGCCAGCUGCAGUCUGUUGUGCACACUCAAAUUGGCAAGAAAAUGGGAUUUUCCAUAUCCUUCCUGGAGAGAUUGCUGGAACGCUCGCCGUAUCGAAAAGAUCUUCAGCGAUUUCCCGACAGCUCAGGCUACAAUCCACUAGUGCUGACCAAAUUGUUGUACAAUUACCGAGCAUUACCGUCGGUUAUGAGCAUUUAUAACAGGCUAUUCUACGAUGACGAACUGAUCCCAGUGGUUUCCGAAACGGAUUCAAGGGAAUCUCGCCUUCUAAGUAAACUGCGGUGUGUAUUUGAGACAGAAAAAGAUAUCCCGCAAGCACACGGCACGUUCUUUUACGGAAUAAUUGGCGAAAACAGGCAAAAUAACGAUUCCCCUUCCUGGUUCAAUCCCCAAGAGGUCAGGGAAGUGUUCCUAAUGACCAUCGCCCUGUACCGCGCCAAUGUGACUGCCGACCAGAUCGGUAUAAUCACGCCCUAUCAGAAGCAGGUGAAGAUGCUGCGGAGUAUGUUCAUUGGCACCGACGUGGUCAUGCCGAAGAUUGGAUCCGUCGAGGAGUUUCAGGGACAGGAACGUGACAUUAUGCUCAUCUCCACGGUGCGUUCAUCAGAAGAGAUCCUGCGCCUGGAUGCCCACUUUUCCUUGGGAUUCGUGCGUUGCAGCAAGCGAUUUAACGUGGCCGUUUCCCGAGCACGCGCCAUGAUGAUCAUAUUCGGGAAUCCCCAUCUUCUGGCCGUCGACGAGUGCUGGCGCCAGCUAAUCCUGUUCUGUGCCAAAAAUAACGCCUAUUUUGGCUGUGAUUUGCCUCAAAUGCUGGUAAAUCAGGAAGAUGAGGGGCCUGUUUGCUUGGAAACAUUCGUGCCUUAACUCAACUACAAAAUAUCCAGUGCACAGUGUGUCAUUAUCUACUACAGAUGAUUUGAACUAAGCACAUAUGACAGUUUAUUAUUAGAUUUUAAUUGUUGUUGAGAAAACACUUGUUAUUGACAAAAUAAAAUAAAACAAAUUUUCAAAAUAA